AUGACGCUGUUCUGGGAUUCCAAAUGGAGAUGGUCAGUCACUUUGGCUAAUAGCUGGUUCAUUGGUGUAAAGGUCAACUCAGCCCAAAUGGACAGCUGGAUGAUAUGGUUUUGCCAUUGCCCAGCAGAACGAUUCAUGAGGAGAGCGUUUUGGGAAGCACUAACUGCUCAAGUCAAAUCAGGUCUAGAAUCAUGGAUUUGUGUAGGUGACUUUAACGACGUGUAUGAGCAGAAUGAAAAAUUGGGAGGUAGACCGAUCACGGAGAAACACAAUCACUUCUUGCGUUCUUUUAUGUUCGAAAUGGGGGUGUUAGAUCUGGGGUAUCAUGGAAAUCCUUUCACAUGGUGUAACAAAAGAGGUGGCAAUGCCAAUAUUCAGGAACGCCUUGAUCGCGCUAUUGUCAGUUCAUUGUGGCGAACAACUUUUGAACAAGCAGGUGUUCUACACCUUUCUAGCGCAACCUCAUAUCAUAUUCCCAUUCAAAUUAAAUUAUCCUUCGAUCUUAGUUCCAAAGCUCGACUUUUCCGUUUCUUGGAAAUCUGGACAAGAGAUAUUACAUGCAGAGAUAUGGUGGAGACGGCGUGGAGAAGUGCAGACACCAGAGACCGACCUGCAUCCAUUAGAUACAAAUUACACAGCACGGCUAUAGCUCUGAGGCAGUGGAAUAAAAAUGUUUUCUGUUUUUGUCAAACUAGAAUUGAUGAAUUAGAAGCCAAAAUUCAAUGGCUCCAAAGCCUGGAACCUUCAAAGGACAUUCUGGCAGAAGAGAGGAACACCCAAUGGGAACUAAAUGAAUGGAGGAAAAGAACAGAAAUUCUUUGGAGACAAAAAUCGAGGGAGUUGUGGCUUUCGGCAGGAGACAAAAACACCAAAUUUUUCCACACGGCCACUAUAGCAAAUCGGAGGAAAAUCGUUAUCCCAGCUCUAAAGGAUGGACAUGGUAUUUGGAGAGAAUCUAGAGAAGAGAUUGGAGAUUUGUUAACCAAGGAAUUCAUAAAGCUUUUCUAA